AGACCCGCGCCUGUCUCGCGGCCUGCGCACGUACACGGCGACCGCGACGGAACAAUUAGUGAUUCUAGUGUUUCGGUGUCAUGUUGUGAUUGUGUAGUGACGAAAUGGAAUCGACUCCCAUCUGUCGGUGCCGCGUGCUCUAUCUCGGCUCUGCGGUGCCGCAGCAGAGCAAGGACGGCCUUCAAGGAAUUCAGGAACCGCUUCGCGAGUUGUAUCCGGAAAAGGGAGCGACCAGCGGCGGUAUCGACUCAUGGCUGUCAGUGUGGUCUAAUGGAAUCUUGCUAGAGAACGUCGACGAGAGUGGUUCCAGGGUCGCUAGGUUUUUCCCCAUAUCGAGUUUGCACUAUUGCGCAGCGGUGCGCCGAGUGACAGUCGAAGGAGCACCUAGAUUUUUACCCUUGGAUUCGCCCUUCGCUCGAGCGCCGGCCCCACGACGUCCUCCUUUAUUCGCGGCGGUUUUACGCCGUACUCAAGGCAUUAAAGUUUUGGAAUGUCACGCCUUUAUAUGCCGGCGCGAGGCGGCUGCCAACGCGCUAGUUCGGUGUUGUUUCCAUGCUUACGCCGAUAGUUCGUAUGCGAAACGCCUGGAGGCCGAACGCAGUCCGUCGCAACUACCGCCUGAACCGGACGAAGAGUUGGAGGUGUUCGAUGGCGACGAGAACCACAAAGUAUGGGUCGGGGAGGUGGAACGCGACGAUACGAGCGACGACAUCCCGCACCCCGCGCGGGCGCCUCGUCCUCGGCAGAUCACGAGGCCCGCGUCGGUACCGCCGCCUCCGCCACCCCCUGAGGAGCCGAAGAAGAAGACAUCUACGACGAAGAAAACUAAGAAAAAGUCUUCGGCUUCAGCCGAUGAGCUGUACGCGACUAUGCCGGGGCCGGCUCCGAUGAUGAACGGUCGAUCGUUAGGGCGUGCGCCUCCAGCGUGGGCGGCACACCCCAUGGUACUGGUGCCGCACCCGGCGGCCACGCUGCCCCACGCCCGGCCUGCUACACUCGCGCAUCGCGGCCGCGUGCCCGCCGCUAUUGCUCCAGGGCCUUUUCCUGGGCCCCCAGGACGAGGUCGCCUCCAGUACGCUACUGUUGACCCUCGUCGUUCCAAACCACCACCUCCAUCUUUAAAAGCAGCUCAGAGCAUGACGGGUCUCGAGGCUGUCGAAGAUAGUGGUGGCAUAUAUAGGAAGAAGGGCCACCUGAACGAACGAGCGUUCUCGUACAGCAUCAGGCAGGAACACAGAAGUCGAUCUCAUGGGUCCCUCGCCAAUCUCAAGUUCGCCGCUCCGCCAGAGGUGGAGUCAGGUCGCGAAGAGCUGAAGAAGGAAAGGGAGAUCAUGCAGAUGGUAGCGGGUUUGCAGCUGGGUCCCGAUGAGCUGGAGCGCCGGGAGGUUCCACCACAUCUUAUCAGAUCUAGGCAUGGCCCUAGAUAACAUAUCGCUAUAGAAGCAGGUGGUGCCAUCUUUCAGUUCGAAAAAGAACUACUAGCGCGUGUGAGCGCCUGACCGGAACAACUUGCAUAUUACCUCGAUACGAUUUCAAUAUUGAACACAACCAAAUGAAAAUUAUAUUAUGUCCCUUAUAAUAAGAGGCUUCAAAGCUCAAAAUGAAUUGCCAUAGGAGCAAACCAUUUUGUACGGUCACAGCAAUGCGAUUGCUAAAUCGAAUUGAUAUUUCGUUUAUAUCGAUUAGUCACGAAUACAUUCCAUAUUGUACAAUAAUGUACCUAUCAGUAAUAUUAAUAAAUGUACAUACAUUGAGCCAAAUUAUUUGUAAUUAAUAAAUAAUUAAUAAUUUUAAGCAAUUAAAUUAGCUGAAUGUAAGUAUAAUACUUUGGGCAGUUGACAUUCAGUGGUGUUUGAAUGUCUAAAAUCCAAAUGAUUCCAUUUUAAGAUUGUAAUUAUCUCCUUAUCUAAAUGAAAUACUUAAAGCUUAUCCCGACUGUACUUUGUCACAUACAAAAGCAGAGCGAGCGUUGAAGAGCGAUAGAUAGAUAUUAUUAUGUCAAAAAGCGAUACGUAAUUUUCCUAAAAGAUUUUGAAGAACUUCAAUAUAAUUUUUAAGGAAUUUCAAAUUCAUAAUUUUGUUAUUAUUACGAAAGAGGUUUCAGUUAAUCAGAAUAUGUUGUUAUUCUUCUUAGAAUUACUGUUAGAAAUAUCCAUAAUAUAGUUAAUAAACAGCCUAAUGAUGAGUCAUUAUCUAUUUAUUGUCAAAAAUCGUUGGGGCAAGCUUUGAUACUUAAGGUACAUUUUAUUUUAUUACCAAGUUCUUUAUAGAGUAGCUAUUUAUUCUGUAAAAAAAAUCAGCUUAGAACCUCUAUGCUAUGACAUCGAGUAUACUGUGACGACGUAAGUUCGAGGCUGUUUUAUUAACAGAAUAAGAAAGCUGUAAUGAUGUUUAAUAAAUAGUUAGUAUAUUUGUACACUGGGUACUUCAAAAACAGAAAACUAUGUUUAUGUGUAUAUUUACCGAUAUUUAUUAGUUCAGUACUUAAUUUCUUUGUUGUAUGUAAUCUAUAUUUAGUCAACUCGAAUGUGCUCGAAAUGUGCCCGAUUAUAUUUAAACACACGUCUGGAAUAAAUGAAAGACGAGUAUCUAUAGUCGACAGAAAUAAUUACUUAUCAUGAGUAAGAACUAUUAAUAAUAAUAGUAUUCUAACUAUUAACAGAUCUUAGUUCAUUCUUACUCUUGUUUAUUUGGUAAAAAUAUCUGCUUAAGUUGCGGAAAUCUCAAGUAAUCACUUCUCUUGACUGUAACUAGAUAAGAUUGUACCUAGUUAUUGAUUGUUAAAAAAAUAUAUCGAAAAUGUAUACGUUUGCUCUACAAUUCUAUGUAAUCUUACAGGACAUCAAUUUCCAUUACCUAAAAUAUGCGAUUAUUAACUCUUAUCUGCGGAGUCUGUCCUUUUUUGUACGCGGUAGUUUGCGACCUGCUAUAGGCUUCCCCUUUAAUAAAUCUUCGUGAAAAUAGUACAGAGAUCUUUGAAUAUCUUUUUUUGACGUUCACACGUAAUAUAUGUGUCACAGUCCGUUUGUUUGUCUCUAGGAACAUACUAUACUAAUGUUAACGUAAUAAUGGCAUUAGGGCUCGUCGAUGCGGCGUCCCCCAACGUUCGGCGCCUGAGUGCGUUGCACCCCUUGAACCACGGGUAAAAACUGGCCUGAAUGGAAUCUGAACUUUGUCUUGAUUGAAAGCAUUUUGCCACUAUAUUAUCUACCUCCAUUCCAAUAUUAAAAUUACGAUAGUGACUUAAGAAAUCAAUGGCGACAGAUAUGAUUAUUAUUUUUUGAUAUAUUAACAAGAACUAUGUUAAAAAGAGAUGUUAUUGAAACAUCAUGGGCACACCAUAAUUACGUUAACAUUAGCUGGAUUGACACAAUAGGCCCUAACCAUGAGGUUUCAUAGCAAUGUUUAAUCCGUGCAACGAGCGGGACACCGCUUUUGUUUCGUGUAGCAUUAGGUAUCCCAUUCGCUGUACGAGUUAAAACUUGCUUUAAGAGGUGAUGGUUACCACCCUGGUCGGUCGACCGUGCUCGAGCUUUAAUAACUGUGGGCUUUCUUGUAUGGCGAUGGCACUAUCUUCGAAUUCUUCGGUAAAUGUGUUUAAUUAACAUUUCAAAUAAUUUAUCACGAUAGAUAUUAUAACAAGUUGUAGAAUCGAGAUCUAGGGUGUCGGAGUCGAGAUCUAGGGUGACUAAAAUAAAAUUUGAAAUCAAAAUCACUUAAACGAGUACAUAUCUUAUGUUCAAUUAGUAAUGCAAUAAUGGAUUGUAGAUAAGCGGUAGUUCUUAAGAGCGCACUAUGUAUGUGCUAUAACAAAAGUUAUAUACACGACUUUGAUUUGAAAGUUAAUAGAUUAACAUAUACUGUUAAAAUAAAACAUGAGAUUU